AUGCAGGACGAGGCUUCUUCUAACGCUGCUGGCAGUGUUGACUCAUGCUGCGGCUCCUGCUUGGAGAGCAUCAAGCUGCGGCGGUUCCCUGCGGACUACAAGAAUGAAGCAGUCCAGUGCUUAAAACUGGCCGGACCUGUGUUCAUUUCCCAGCUGAUGAACUGCCUGAUCGGCUUCGUCAGCAUGGUGUUCUGUGGUCACCUGGGGAAAACAGAGCUGGCGGGGGGAGCCUUAGCAAUAUCACUGAUAAACGUCACAGGGAUUUCCAUUGGCGUUGGCUUGGCCUCAACAUGCGACACUUUCAUAUCCCAGACUUAUGGAAGUGGUAACUUAAAGCGCGUCGGAGUGAUUUUACAAAGAGGAAUAUUGAUCAUUUUCUUAGCCUGUUUCCCCUGCUGGGCUAUCCUGAUUAACACUCAGCCCAUUUUACUAGCUGUCAAACAGAAUCCAGACGUUGCCAGGGUUGCCCAGCUCUAUGUCAAGAUCUUCAUGCCUGCAUUGCCAGCUGCCUUCAUGUACCAGCUGCAAGGGCGAUACCUUCAGAAUCAGGGCAUCAUGUGGCCCCAGGUGAUCUGCGGAGCCAUGGGAAAUAUCAUAAAUUUAAUAACAAAUUACAUCUUUCUCAGCGUUCUGGAUCUGGGAAUUGCUGGAUCUGCAGCUGCCAAUGCCAUCGCACAGUAUUCAUUGGCCGUGUUUCUGUGGAUUCAGAUCAGCUACAGAGGGCUGCAUAAAGCCACAUGGUGCGGAUGGUCACUGGACUGCCUGCAGGAGUGGGGUCCCUUCCUCCACCUGGCCAUCCCCAGCAUGCUGAUGUUCUGCCUGGAGUGGUGGCUGUAUGAUGUUGCGGGGGUCUUGGCGGGCGUCAUCAGCGAGACCGAGUUGGCGUCUCAGUCUGUCGCUUGUCAACUGUCGGCGUUUUUGUACAUGUUCCCGGUGGGUUUCUUCGCCAGUGCCAGCGUUCGCGUUGGAAACGCUCUCGGUGCUGGAAACACAGAGCUGGCCAAGCUGUCCGCCAGGGUCUCCUUCAUCUUUGCAUUUGUUUUCUCGUGUGUCAUUGGAGCCUUUGUUCGUGGAACUAAGGAUGUAAUUGGUUACAUUUUCACCUCGGAGAAAGACGUUAUACGGAGGGUGGCAGAUAUCAUGGGGCUGUACUGUUUCAUUCACAUUGUUGAGGCCAUUGCGGGGGUGACGGGAGCCAUUGUCAGGGGUGCAGGGAAACAAAAAGUCGGCGCCGUGUGUAGCUUUGUGGGAUUUUACAUCGUCGGGUUACCCGUUGGAGUCUCUCUGAUGUUCCCGGUCGAACUGGGUAUCGUAGGGUUUUGGAUCGGACUUUUGAUUUCUGUUUCAUCACAAGCAGCUGUUUACAUAGCUUACCUGUGUAAAUUCAGCUGGAAGAAAGCCACGCUUGAGGCGCUGGAAAGAGCUGGAGUCCAAACUCUGGUGGUCCGACGUGGACUCACCGCUCUGCUCAUGUUCGUCAUCCUGGCUGCCGGGGUCUUCGUUAGUGAGAUGCUCAUCAGAGCGCUGGACUCAGAUGGGUGA